AUGCCUCCUCGUGCAUCAAAGCGAAAAGCUGCGGCCCCACAAAACUCCUCCGCCGUCACAUCAUUUGACGAUUGUCGUACUGGUACGGUUGUUGAUUUGGCACCUCUCUCUGUCAGUCUUGAUUUCGCGUUUGCUUUUUCAAGAAACCGCGGGAAAGAUGAGUGGCGAAGUGGCUUGAAAGCUCUCAAGGUUGAUUCUCUCGGCAAAUUAAAGAAAGUGCUGCCAGAGCUGGAAAAGGAGGUGAACACACAAGAAAAUUUUCAAGAUUUCUAUUCAUAUGCAUUUCGAUACUGCCUAACAGAAGAGAAGCAAAAAACUGUAGACAUUGAGAGUGUCUGUGAAUUGCUGAAUCUUGUUCUUGGGUCCCAGUUCCAAUCCAAGGUUGAUUCAUUAAUAGUGUUUCUAAAGAUUCAGACUGAUUAUAAGGCAAUAAACUUGGACCAGUGGAUGGGUUUUCUUCGUUUUUGCAAGGAGCACAUUGUGGAGUAG